AUGUCGGGAGGAAUACCACGAUGUAUUGAUGCAGGGAAACAUCAGUUGCUCACACGUAUCGGCCAGUACCGUCUUACAGACUUUCAUGCGAUAUCAAGCUGCCCAGGCCAUCCAAGGCCUUCGUCGGAAAGUUCGGUUCCCUCGAAAAGAUCAGCUGCAGAAGUUGUCUUUGAGAUUGGAGAGGAGGCUGACGAGGCUGAUAUGAGCGCUCCAAGCCCUAAACCGCCCCAAAAAAAAGUCACCUUCCUGGAAGUCGAAUUUCCUUCGGAAUGUGGAAGCGAUCACCUAUUGAUGGACGCGCGAAGAUCAAUGAUCAAAAAGCAAAGCGAGAUCACGGAUGUUUUGGAUUUGUUGCAAGUGGUUGCUGGAGAGUCCUCGCCAAAAAGUCGUAACCCUUAUAGUUUUAUAACACUCAAUUUCAAUUCAAUCCUCAGUUCCACGUACGAGAAAAAGAAGCAAAGCAACAUCCGCGCACGCGCCCACCCACUGCCAUGUGUAGGAAUGAAGGCCACGCAAGUAGCAAAUUUCGUCCGGUCAUCGACACACCAAAGCACCAGUGCGACCCCGAAGUUUGCAUUCGUCGCACAAGGCGGAUUCAUCUCGUACAAAGGGGAGCUCCCAGAAUUGGGGGAGAACAUUCGCAAGCUCUUCGCAGAGGAAUAUGUCACGGUGUUGGAGCAGAUCAAACGACUCGGAGACGAGAUGACUUCAGGACUCGAGCGUGCGAAACGAGCCGUGUAGGAUUAGUCUUUACUCUCCCGCUUGAUCAUCACACAUCCUACUAAAUAUGUAGCUUAUACAUAAACAAGCAACAAGCCCUCAAAAUGAACAUGCUUAGAUAAAUGGAUCAGACGGGAGUACCGGCAUCUCCAUCUGAUCGGGUAUGUUGUGGGAACCCAAGUGCGCUGCAGGUUCCUCGGCACCGGUUGCUUCUCCUGAGUCCCCUUCUCUUCUCCACAAGCAAU